ACACUCCUACACACACUUCACCGACAACCGGAAUAAUCUUCACGACCGAAUCAAACAACCGCGACAAUGUCCGAGUCAAUCGAGGUCGAUCCUGCCGUGCUCGCCGAUAGCAACACCGACUACGCCAGCUCCGGCUACGACACGAGCACCGCUAGUCUUUCCUCCUCGAUAAACGAGUACGUGUUCGAGAAUGGACGGCGCUACCACUCCUACUUUGGCGUCAACAAGAACCCGAUGCCCACGGACGAGAAGGAGCAGGACCGGCUAGACCUGCACCACGAGAUCAUGCUCAACCUCCUCGGCGGCGAGAUCCACCUAGCGCCGGUCGAGAGCCCGCAGCGGAUCCUUGACGUGGGCACCGGUACCGGAAUCUGGGCGAUCGAUGCGGCCGACAAGUUCCCCGCCGCCGAGGUGAUCGGCACAGAUCUGAGCCCGAUCCAGCCGAGAUGGGUCCCGCCGAACUGCCGGUUCGAGGUCGACGAUGCCGAGCUCGAGUGGACGUUCAAACCCGAGUCGUUCGACUUCGUGCAUGCGCGUAAUCUCGCGCAGAGUAUCAGUGACUGGAAGAAGCUCAUGGGGGAGAUCUACCGGUGCACGCAACCCGGGGGAAUUGUCGAGUUGGCGGAGCUGGGUGGCGAGAUCUUCUGCGACGACGACACGAUGUCCGACGAUAACGCGUUCAAGCGGAUCGCGUACCAGCUGAACCAAGUCGCUUUACCCAAGAUCGGGCGACCGGCCGCGACCUCGGCACUGCUGAAGGCGCGUCUCGAAGACGCCGGUUUCGUCGACGUGCACGUUACCACUAAGAAGCACCCGUUCGGGCCGUGGCCCAAGGACCGCAGACUGAAGAACGUGGGCGCCAUGGCUCUGUUGAUGAGUGAGACCGGUGUCGAGGCGUAUGCCCUCGCCGCGUUGACCAGGAUCCUCGAGAUGGACCCCACUGAGGCCGCGCAACUGUGUCGCGAUGGUCUGGCGGCAGUGAAGAAUAAGAAUACGCACAUGUAUUCGCUCUUCCACGUCGCAUACGGCCGCAAGCCCGAGUAGUGGACGAUCGGAAGGAGGGCAGUGGGAGGUUUAAUGAGAUUGUUUUUGCUGUAUGCCACGCAUAAUGAGAACCCAAUAUUGAUA